CCCGCCACCCUCAGCGACGACGAGGAUGAGGACGACGACGACGACAACUCGGAGGAUUCCUCCGAAACCGACUCGGAGGACGACUCGGAGGAGCACGGGGCUGCGCUGGAGGGUGACUUCAAUCUAGCAGAUUAUGACUACCUGCCAGUAUCGUCUGAAAUCAAAGAACUCUUUGAGUACAUCAAGAGGUACACUCCCAAAACGAUAGAGAUUGAGCACAAACUGCAGCCUUUUAUUCCAGACUUUAUUCCUGCAGUUGGAGACAUUGAUGCGUUCCUAAAGGUUCCCCGUCCCGACGGCAAGCCUGAUAACCUGGGCCUGCUGGUCCUGGAUGAGCCGUCGACCAAGCAGUCAGAUCCCACCGUGCUCUCCCUUUGGCUGACAGAGAACUCCAAGCAGCACAACAUCACGCAGCAGAUAAAAGUGAAGAGUUUGGAGAAUGCAGAGAAGAACCCCAAAGCCAUUGACAGCUGGAUUGAAAGUAUCAGCGAACUGCACCGCUGCAAACCGCCUGCCACGGUCCAUUACACCAGGCCAAUGCCUGACAUUGAGACCCUCAUGCAGGAAUGGUCGCCGGAAUUUGAGGAGCUCUUGGGAAAGGUGGGCCUCCCGACUGCAGAGAUGAACUGCGACCUGGCCGAAUACAUCGACAUGAUAUGUGCUGUUCUGGACAUCCCUGUGUACAAGAGUCGGAUCCAGCCUCUGCACGUCCUCUUCUCCCUCUACUCGGAGUUCAAGAACUCGCAGCAUUUCAAGCCCCUGGCUGAUGGGAAGAAGGGCAGCAGCCCGCCAUCCAACCCACCUUCACAAGCGGCAGACGCCGAAGUGUUAAGCUUUACUUGAAGCUUCACGUUAAACCCUCGUUUCCUGGCUCAACAUCUGCCGCUGGAUGUCGAGAUUUGACCAAAGCAGCCUGCGAAGCAACGCACAGC